CUUCGGCUCACGAUAUGAUUCGGUUUAUGGAUUUUAGCCCGGAUGUAACUCGUUUGACGCGAAGAUGGCUGCUGCGUGUAGUGGUAGAGGUUUAACAGUUUUAUUGCUGCUGGCGAUAUCCGUGGUGGGAAAAGCCCUAACUCCAUCAACAUUUCUCACUACCGUCGACCAGGCGCGUCUCAAGUCAGUAUUCCAGGCAGCCCAGCCAUACCAGGAUGUAGCUAGCGCUCACUACUCCAUUCUCGGCUUACAGCUACUGGGUGGCACUUUGCCUAAUGCGCAGGAUACGUGUAAAAUUAUAUCAGCAAAAGUCGACACAACCAGUCCAUCAUCAUUAUAUCAUGCUUCAUUAGCAGCAAAAGUUUUAGGAAGCUGCAAGCUCAAUGUGGGGAAUGUGCAGGAUUUGCUGUCGAGUUCAAUAAAAGACGAGGCAGCUGUAGCUGACAUAUUUUAUGCAUAUUUUGCCCUUAAGAAUUUGGGCUUAAAAGUUGACAAGUCGCAGGUUACGAAGUCAUUACUUGAAUCACUGAAAAAAGAUGACUCGGCUCUCAGCUAUGGCUAUGCAUUUUUGGUUGCGUCCGACACUGGGGACACAGACAAGUUCUUUGACAGUAUUGAAGACAUCAUUGCCCAGGCCGAUGAAGUGGAUGAGAAAUAUUUGCAGUUUGAGGGUGGUCUAUUUGCCACAUCGUUGGUGGUUGAUGGGGCGUACAAGUUGGCAGACAAAGCAAAAAAAGCCCCAACGAUAUCUCAGGACAAGGUGAUAAAGUUUGCGAACUAUUUUCUGAGCCGAAAACACGUCCAUCAACUCCGUAGUGCCUACUACUUCCUGUCUGUCAUCAAGACACUAACUGAUAACAAAUAUCACAUUCCAAUAGCAGUAACUCUGGCAAGUCCUGUGGCUGUGAGCCAGGCUUCUCCACAGAUAGAGGUUCGUGUGACCAAUCUGAUGGGGGGUUCACUCGGAACUCUGACUGUCACUGCUGACAGUGCCCGUCACCUAGGAGACGAGGCCAUCGUCCUCUCCAAGAAACCGUUCAAGGCUUCCAGUUCGGACAAGUCUCUGUACGAACUGGACUUCAUGAAGGCAAAGCCAGCGCGAGGCUUCUACAAGCUGAUCGUCAGUGUGAAUCCACAGAAAUCAGACUCCAGGCUCAUCGGAACCACAGGGGCCGAGGUGGACAUUAAGGUGACAAGUCAGGUUUCUAUUGAGAAUGUUGAAAUUGGUGUGUCUGAUAAGGAUCAGACUUCGGCCCCUCGCACAACAAAACUGGUGCACCCGAAGAAGGCCUCGAACCCGGUGGAGGCGGACUACCACCAGAAGAUCAUCAUGAAGUUCCAGCUGAGAGACAAGACCACCUCAGAGCUCGUCACAGCUCACCAGGCAUUUGUGAGGCUGACAAAUCUACAGACGAAACAGGAAAUCAUCUUUGUGACCGAGUCCGAUGAAGCUCGUACAUACAAAUUUGACCUUGAUGUAGGAUCGAGUGCUAAGGAUUUUGGACAUCUUUCUGGCAAGUACAGCAUGGAGCUGAUCGUUGGAGACUCGGUCAUCGAAAACCCUUUCUCCUGGCUUCUGGCUGAUGUCAAACUAAUGUUUCCCGAAGGAGCUGCAAGUGAGAAAGAGGCUCAUAACCAGUACGCAAAGAGACCAGAAAUCAAGCAUGUUUUCCGAGAGGAAGAAAAGCGUCCACCAAGCAUCAUUUCCAUGACAUUCACGGUUCUAGUCCUGUUGCCGAUCCUUAUUCUUGUCAUCAUCUGGGUGAAACUGGGUGCGAAUAUCUCCAACUUCCCUAUGUCUCUCAGUGCUGUAGGUUUUCAUGGUUGUCUGGCAGGUAUCUUCCUGUUGUACUACUGCUACUGGACCAACCUGAACAUGUUCCAGACUUUACGCUGGCUCAGCAUUUUAGCCAUUCCUACAUUCCUCUUCGGCAACAGACUACUUAGUGCUUUAGCUUCGAAAAGAAAAACAACAUAGUUCUACAGAAGACCUAGGUUUCAACAAUCAGUUUUCUUUUCAUUUUUUAAGAGACAUUUUACAUAAAUUAUGUAACAAAUUAUUUGAAGAAAAAUUAUCAUGCGUUCUUACUGUUAUAUGUAUUUUGUUCAUUGUCAUUAAAAAAAAUAAAAUGUUUGAAUGUUUGUUUCUAAUGUGUAAUAAAACAAAAGCUUGGGUUUCCAUUUUAAAUUCACAAUUACUGUGUAAAUAAAUAGAUAUUGAACUUG